CAUAACCCCGCGACAAUCUGACACAUCCCAACGCUCAACUGGGACACUCAUAACGAAAAGCCCUCGAGAACCCCUCCAUUGCCGUUACCGCUAUGCCCACAAUGUGGGACCGACUGCGAACACAUAAGGAACAUGUUCCUGGUCCGUAUGGUACCCGUCUGAAGCAGAAAUCACAGCAAGACUGGGAGGGUACGCGAUCUAGUUCACCUUUUGGUUAUUCAGUAAACAUCAAAGGCGGCCCUGCGCCCCCGCGACCGCCAAGAGAGUUGGAAUAUUCGACCAGCUCAGUUGGAAAUUCUCAGACGUCAGCGCCUGCAGUACAAGCCUUGCGACCACCUCAAGCAGGUCACGACUCUUAUCGCAACUCUGCAUACGGCGAUCGACCGGUAUCGUCGGUAUACUCACAACCGUCGCCGGCUGCGGCUACCUUUGCCGCGCAACAGUUAAGGAAGGACGUAUACGGCGACUCGAAUGAGAUUUCCCCACCAAGCUCGCCGGACUUGCCAACUUCGAGGAAUGAGCCACACUCCUUUGACGGCGGAGACGUCUCACCCAUUGAAGAACCAGAGAACCACCUUUUCAUCAUGAAUGAACCCAGACCUAAUCUUCCGGCGGAUCAAGGCUAUAGCAACAUCCCGACGAUGCGUAGGGAGCGCCGCAAAAACUCCGCCGGCGCUUUCCAAGCGACCCGCGAUCAGGACCCCAGUAAGCCGCCUCGGCCUCAUGGUAGUGAUGUUCGUUGGGACCCGCGUACUGGAGAACCCACAGCCACCGAAAAAGGUCGUCCCUCACAGGUCAAUCCUCACCAAUUCGUCCAGGGGCUAUCCAAUGCAAGAGCACCAACCGGCGCACCAAGGGCAACUGGCCAACAGCCUAUUAGUCCGUUUGGCGUACGCCUGAAGUCUGCAGCACGUAAUACCGGCACUCAUCCCCAGACUGAGCCGGCAGCAAAACCCGAGUGGCGCGGUGCCAGUGGCCGGACCGCAUUAGUCGAGCCGGUUGCCGACAACAAGACUGCGGCACCUUUGAGCAUCCCUCGUAGGAGUAGUAAGCGGGCGGCCCGUAGCUCCGGUGUGCUGUCCCCUGUCAGUUCUACGGGGUCUGAAACAGUAUCUCCACCACCAGCGCAAGCGGCAAGCCCGACUUCUGGCGACGCAAGAACAGCCCUGCCGUCACAACGACUGCUAAGAACUGAUACUGGAGCUGAUACGCCGUUGUCGUACCCUAGCCCGUCAAUAUCAGACGACCACUCCGUUCUGGCCAUAACACCGCAGCAAUCUCGCCCACAACAGCAAGUUCCAACCCCUUCUACUCUCUCAGAACCGACAAAGACCCUAUUCCCUCCGAACGAAAAAGCUAUCCGGAGAAAGCCUGCAGGCGGUGCAGGCCACAACCCGCAAGUGUCAACUUCUUCUUCUGUUUAUUCUCAGCAGCCAGCACCUCCUUCCCCCGGUCAAGUUACGGCGCCAUCCGUAGACAACUGGGCACAGCCUGCUUCGCGAUUCAGUGUUACCACGUAUGCCACUUCGUAUACUGGGAGCCCAAGACCAUCUGUGGAUGACGCACCACCUCUGCCAACACCUCCACGACAGUCUGCCGAGUCACCUAAGCCCGUGUUGGGCAACUCAGUUCUGGACCGCAAGCGUCCCGUCGUAAGUGGCUACGAAGGAUCGAUCCGGAGCCAGGCAUCUCUCGAGCCCAUCAAGAUCAAUAUGGACUCGUCUUACUACACAAACACACUGCCAAAAACCCGACCAGCUGGCCUCAGUCCUAUUCCGCAUGGAAAUCAUAGCACGCUUUCUGUAGUAUCAGUGUCAUCCGUUGAUAAGUUGCUGCCGCUACCGCCUCCUGAACAGUCGGCCAAGGAUCGAGUGACUAUGCUCAAUGCUCAGAUUGAGUCUCUGGGGAAUCGCAGGAUGAAUAUCGACCAAGCAAUCAAGCAGAUGACGCAGCUGAUGCCUACAGACCAUAUUCUAGCGUCUGAAGCUGUGAUUCGUAAGCGCGAAAGUGAGAAACGAAAGGUGGAGGCGCUGAAGACUGAGCUCGCAGAGGUACGACGUGAAGAGUAUGAGCUGGGCCUGAAGCUCCACCGUGCUUACAAGCGUAUGGACCGCAAUGCCGAGUACGAACCCACAACCUUGUGGGUGCGACGAGUUACUGGGUGAGCAGACAUCUCACGUGGAUAGUAUACCACUCAGAGACGUUGACUCCAAUCGUCGCUUUGCAAACCGUGUUGACUAUGUAACACUCCCGGCCCGCAGAUCAGACAUGACGGCAUCUUUGGAAAGCGUUCGGUUGGGCCGCAAUUAUCGGAACACGCCUGCGACUUGCCGGCUCUGAUUC